GGCGCAGGUCGCAAGCUCGGAGCUCUCGGUUCGGUUGUAGCCGUUAUGGGGUGGCCUGCGUUGGAUCGCGCAGCAAUACGCUUUCUCAGACUUCACUUGAGGGUAGCAAUUUUGGUGCCGUCACGUUGGCAGUAAGGUGCGGUGGUACGGUUUGCCCACUGCAAACGCUGCCUUCCUUCCUCGUACAGAGCAGCGAUUACUGCCGACCGGUGCAUCGAGGAGCCAACUGUGGGAUUGUGUUGACUUGUGAAAACGGGAAUCUUCACUGAAGAAGCGAGUGUGGCAUCUCGCGUUGCCAUCUUACGCCCGAGUGAGUGACAAGUCGAUUGCCUGCCGCCUUUCUGUGGCUUAUGAAAAGCGCCGUUGAAUGUUCUCGAUCAGCGUGCAGGGCCUGUAGUGCGCGUCUUCUGAAGCGCGCGUGACGUCUCGCUGACGCGUUUGUGUUAUUUCGUGAACGUCUGUGCAUCCGCUGGUCAUGGAGAAGGACGGGCGCGAUGGCGCCUUCGACUUUGCUCGCCACCGAGGAAGCAAUGAGUACGACUCCAACUUCGAGACGGACUCGGAGUCGGUCGUCGCGGCGGACGAGCGGGCCUCCCGAAGGGACCUGGUCGCGCCUUCGCCGCCGCGACGUGAGCCCAAGGCUCACCGGGACGUGGUGGCCAGAGAGUAUAGUCUGGAAGAGAAGCGGCGCGAGCGAAACUGCUUCCUCGCUCUGGACGCCUACACGAGGCACAAGAAGCUCAUCAACGACUACCUGCUCUGCUAUCCGGGCUCGACGUCCAAGCUGAAGCGAGACGCGAGUCGGGACCGCACCGACUUCGACGUGAUCCGCGAGAACCACCAGUUCCUGUGGGACGACGAGGGCGACGACGCAGAGCCUCCCACGUGGGAGAAGCAGCUGGCCAAGCGCUACUACGACAAGCUCUUCAAGGAGUACUGCAUCUGCGACCUGACCUACUACCAGGCGAGCAAGAUCGCCAUGCGGUGGCGCACCGAACAGGAGGUGAUCGCGGGCAAAGGUCAAUUCAGCUGCGGCGACCGCCACUGCAAGGAGAACGCGGGACUGCGCACCUGGGAGGUCAACUUCGCGUACUUCGAGAACAACGAGAAGAAGAACGCCCUGGUCAAGCUCAGGCUGUGCAAGGAGUGCUCGUUCAAGCUCAACUACCGCUUCCAGAGAAAGGAGCUCACCAGAAACCCAACGACCAAGAGGUCGUCUUCUAAGCAAGGCAGCUGCUUGGAGAAGAAGAAAGCCAAAACGGGCGAAGGGGAGAGCGAGAGAGUAGAAACCACAGAAGAUCAAAAAGAAGAAGGCAAAGACGCUGAAGAGUCCGUCUGGAGCAAACCCAGCACUGCCGAAGAAGAGAAGAGCCAGGAAGAAGAGUUCGAUACGUACCUGGCCGACAUGUUCCUUUAAGAACAGAAUCUCGAUUGAUGGUGACGUCCUCCUUGCUUCGCCCCCACUUACCUGUGAUGAAGUGAAUGUGGUAUCCUGGGAGUGUGUCUUUUGUUAUGUCAGUGUGCUGUGGAAGGUCUAGUGUGACCAGUUGCGCAUGUUUUGUGCGUGUUGGUAUGAACUGUUGACUUGUUGACGUUUGGUAGCUUGGAUCAUUGAGAAAUGAAAGCAGUGUUGUCGAAGUACAAAGAGCUCAGUGAGUAGUUUCAGCACAGAAUAUGCAACACUAAACAUUCUUCUAAAAAUUUUUCUGAAUGAGAAAAGCAUGCUUAUAUGAGGCUUCACUUUUGCUUCACGGUCGAGUUGCCUGCAAAAAAGACUUGGUGAGGAUUGUUUUCAAACAAGGAUAUCCAGCAGCAAGUGUCUUGGCAACCUUUUUGUACUUUUUUUUUGUGGCUGCCACAAGGAUACUGCGCACAAGAUUGCAGCAACUACAAAGUAGUGUGAAGCUGUACGAAACGCUCUGCAAGAGGAUGCCAUUUGCAUCAUUAACUGUUUUGUUUGUAUUUUGAUUUUUCACAAAUACUGGACUAUAUGUAAAUUUGUAUUUGCAAGAAGUUACAGAUGAUGCUGUAACAAUAGGCUGAAAAUCAAAGUGAUACAGAUUGUGUCCAGUUCACCUUGGUGUGAAAUUAUAGUGUGGUAGCAAUGUUGGCAGUUGUAGCAAGUAAAAAUUUGAAAACUUUAAAGAACCACACGAAGAUAAAUAGUCUUUUUCAAAGCUAUGCAGAAUUGGAAUUAGGUACUCCUUGGAGAUCGUAAGAAAUGAAAAUGACCUCAAAUUUUUCCUACGAAAGGCGAGGCGAUAGCUAAACAGUCGCCUCAUUUGGCUGAAGGGGAAAGAUAUUAACAUAAGUCGGGACAAUGCACAGAACAAACUUUUCAACAAAACUAGUGCUAAUCUGCUGGCACUUCCUAGAUUCAAAUGUUGUUCAGCUAUCAUGUGCCAUGUUCCAGAUGGUUAGCUAUCGGUGAAUGCUGAUUGGUUGAGCCUGUCUAUGUUAUGAUAUGGGUAGCUCUAGUGAGACUUCGCUCAAUAGAGCUACCCAUAUAUAUCACUAGGUGGCUCAAUAGUGCUAUCUAGUGAGGGUAUGCUCCAAUAGUGAAAACUGUCCCUAAAUGUAAUCAGUAAAUUCUAUGGAGACAGCUCUAAUCUGCAAGAAGCAGUUUAUUAUACUUGGUUAAAGUAGGCAAAGAUUAAGAUUGCUAUUGCUGCUUAUUUGUUCAGGGCACAGUCUGGUGAGCUAUGCUGAACAUUGAAGGCUAGCAAUGACCUAAAUCUUGUGACUGUGUGAGCUUAACUGAACUGCAAAAUGUGAUCUUGACCCCUUUUGACAUACAUUUCAGAGUCAUGUGUUCACCUUUAGGUGUUAAGAGGUUGCGACCCUAUGAGCGAGCUUUAGUGUUGGCCACUUUCUAUUUGACAAUUUUGUAUUGAUGAUGAUGAUGUCUUGUGAAAAUGCAAGGACUGCGGCGACCUGGGUGCAAUAGGUACUUGCGAUGAUACCAAUUCAAAAUGGUCUUGAGGUGUGGCAAUGACUGUUUGACACUAAUUUUUUAUCAUUCGAUUGUCCAUGUCUGCUGCUUGGCAGCGAAUCGGGCACGUUGGCACUGUGGACUUGCGGAAGGUUCAGUGAGGAAUGUUGAAAUUUUCCAUAUAUAUCUGUGCUCCCCCUUGUGUAUUUGCAGCCUCGAGGUAUUCUGAUGACAUUGAUUGCCCGUUUUAGCUUCCAUGACCCCAAGUAGCUGAGCGUUGCCUGCAAGCGGCCAUAUCUAGAACAUUGCCUCCUAGGUGUUGCUUUCGGCGUGAAGCAAGAGCCAGUUAUGCAACUGCGGAUGCACUUGCAUUAUUUAUUCAUGUCAAGGUGUUUUUAUUUUUUAGCAUUCUAUGGUGAUGCGUCAGGCUAGACGUGAGCUCCAGUUUUAUAUCUUUUUAGCUGACGUUUUGGUUGGCAGCCGAGUGCAAGUGCAAGCAGAACUCAGUUCACUUAUUGUGCUGUGUGGCUGUCCUCGUCACACGUUAACUGAAGUGUUUCACAUUUUUUAUCUUCUUGCAAAGCUUUAAAGCUCUUGAAAAAUUAAAGGAAAUGUUUGGUGUAAUGUGUAAACUGGAAUAAAGUUACCAUUAAGCCAAA